AAAUUAUAAAAAAAAAAAAAUUAUUGUCAAAAAGUAAAAAGGAAACAAUUGGAAACCUACAGUUUUCGGUAAACCGUGGAACGCGCACAAUACGCAAAGUACGAUUGAGUGGGCUAUGGAGCUGCCAUCCAUGGUGGAGCGCGCCGGUGACAAGCUGGUCGUGCGUAGCUUGGUGAGCGGAUCGGCGGUGUAUCAAACGACCCUGCCGAUGGAUGAGGUGGCGAAAAGCCAGAACGCAAUCCACGCUAGUGCUUCGUUGCCGCAGCAUCCGUUGAUGAGUGCCGAAAUGCUGGAACGCCAGUUGGAACACUAUCGCUUGAGCACACACUCGGCUCCAUCGAUGCCGCCAAGAGUGGCGCAGACUUUUGCGAAACCUGCUGCACCGGAGCCGGUAGAAGCGAAUGAGGAGGACCUGCCGCAGUGCAAGAUACGAAGGAAUUACAGCUGCAACCAAUGCGCCUUUUUUACGCAGAAUCCGCGCAGCCAUCUCUCGCACCUGCGCGAUGUGCACGGCGAGCGGAUUGUGAUAAACGAAUGCAAGCUGUGCCUAUAUGCCUCGCGUCACUUCCAGAAGCUGGUGCGGCACAUGAAGAUGGUGCAUGGAUGUGUGGACGAUGCGAAUGCCAAUGGCAGUGGCAGCGGAUUAGCGCAGCUACGCGGCAAGAGGACCAACAAUCGUGAGGCGCGCAAGAGGCGUCUGGAAGAGAGCGUCGAUCCCGCCAACUUUGCCAAAAUGAUGCAGAGCGGGCCAUCGUUGGACCAGCUAAAGUAUGAGCUGCAACUGCAGGAACAGCAACUACAAAACAAUGUCCAGGCCUACAAUCGGCAGCAGGAUCUGCAGCAGCUUCAAAGGAUUGUGCUUAACAGCGAUAAUAUUUUUUCCAUGGCUUUUGAGUUCCAGACGCAUGUGCAGAACCAGCUGCAGCUGCGUCGGUCCACAGCGACUGUGGCUAACAUUAAUGUGCCGGAGCAAGAGAACUCCUCGACGGAUUCGGAAGCCUCGUCCCCGCCUGAUGACUCCAUGAACUUGAGUUCUUCGCCUUCAACAUCAGCUAGGCGCGCAGAUGAACCCAUGGAUCUAUCCCAUGCUCGUUCAAACUCGCCAUUUCGUUGCAAGAAAUGCUCUUAUUCAACGCCUAUUAGGGCACGCUUCAAGAAGCACGUAAAGUACCACUCCAUGCCGCUGAUAAAAUGCGUCUCCUGUGACUUCCACACUCCAUACAAGUGGAACCUGGACCGGCAUACCAAAAAUCAUGGGGCAAACGGGAUCCAUCGUUGCAGCUCUUGCGAUUUUAGCACAGAUAUUAAACAGUCCCUGACUAUACACGAGCUAAACCAUCACGUGCGCAAGGUUAACUUUCAAGCUGAGACCUGUCAUAAUGAUGAAGAACCGGCCGCCAAUCCCCUGAUGGGUGAGACCGCCCAACCCCCAGGGGAAAGCAGUGAAUCAGCCAUCAACACGCCAAACAGUGCCGGCGCGACAGUGCCAGAGCUCGCACCAAUUCACUGCUCCCACUGUCGGGAGACUGUGCCAAGUGCCCUCGACCUGCUGCAGCACCUCCAGCACUGUCCUCCUGCAUUAAGGAGCACCAGCCAGCACAUCCAGGCGACCGUUUGUGAGAUGGAAUUGGACUUUUCGAUGCAAACAACAGAGGAUGAGGUACCCUCCAGCAGCGACCUAAGCUACUACGGUGUGGAGACAGCACCCGGUUAUGGCGAGUAUCGGCAAAUUCAUUACAAUCGAUCUCAUACCUCAAGAGCCAUUGAAAAUAACUCAGAGCGGUACCCAUUUCUGCAGGUUACAGAGCAGUUGAUGCCGGAGGACUCUGUUGCUUUGAAUGCACUCAAAAAGGUCUUUAAGUGUCCACACUGCACGUUCUGGGCGGCCACCGCAUCGAGAUUUCAUGUACAUAUCGUUGGCCACUUAAAUCGGAAGCCCUUCGAGUGCUCACUUUGUUCUUAUCGUUCCAACUGGCGCUGGGAUAUCACCAAGCACAUACGUCUUAAGGCCAUGCGUGACAAAUCGCACACCCACGCCGAGGUGCUGAUGAACGAUGAGACCGGACGGCGCAACUACGCCAAAUAUAAUCAGUACCUAACGCUGAUGAAGGUCAACACGGAUAUCGCCGACAUGAAGCCAUCGAGAAGUGGUGAUGUGUCGAUAAACGAACCUAUUGAGGCUGACAAGACCGAUCAUCUAGACAAGCUGGAUGCGAACUCUGCUUGCUUUGAGAUGGAUGAGAACGCACAGCGGGGCCUUGAGACAAAGGCAGAACCAGAUUUUUUGCAGGGCUUGGAUUUACGUGUUCCACUCAAGCAUACCGAGCAGCAAGAACCGAUCAGUUUCGAUCCCAAGGUGUCAACUCAAUUGGCCAGCACAAGUAUCAACAACACAGCCAAAAGCCAGGAUGAAAAAAAGUACAGCAUACAUUCUGAAACUGAGGAGAUGUCGAGCCCUAGCCCCACAAUUGAUGACUUUCAGGCUUUAGACUUGAGCAACCCUAGUGCUGGCGCCAACAACGAGGACGCUCAAUACCAGACAUUUCGUUGCGGCUUGUGCCACCAAAUGUCGCAUUGGAAGCACGUCAUCCAACGCCACUGUCGUUUGAAACAUGCUGGGGCCAUAUGCAUGGAAGUGCUCGUAAACCACACUUACCAACCAAUGAAUAGUGUCCUUGCCGCAAAAGAAGAUACUGAGGGAGGCCCCCUAUUACCAGCGCUCGAGCCAAUACCUAUAGAAUCGCCUCAAAAAAGCGAUGAGGACAAGGCAAAGGUACAGCCGGAAUCAGCCAAGUGCGAACUUUUCGAUUUCAAGGGCCAAACCAAGUCCGAGCUGCGCAGGCAUCGCUCCUUACAUAAGCAAAAUGUCCGAAAGUGUGAACAGUGCGAUUUCGCUUGCUCGGGAAAAAUAAAGCUGGCCAGGCAUGUGCGCCAUGCUCACAUCAACAAUCCCACAACAAACGCAGAGUUGAGUACAGAGCCCUCAACAUCAUCAUCGAUGCCGGCCAUGGUCGAUGGUGUCCAACUAUCUCAUUGCCCACAUUGCCCGGCUCGCUUUCUACAAAGGACAUCUUGCGAUGAUGACAUUAACUCUGAGAUGAUGCGACAUCUUGCCGGUCACGACCUGGUCGAGGGUUCCAGCCGCCGCUACUCGUGCCGCUACUGCGCCUAUUACACCGAUGACGAAGCGGAGCAGCGCCUUCACCUUUCCGUCCACAGCUCGUUCUACCAGUCAAGGAGCCAGACGCUGUUCCAGAACUACAAGAUCAAUGACAAGUUUCCGGCGCCCUUGCUGACCCAACUAGAGAGCGACUCUAUUGGUCAAGAGCAGCCUAUCUGGGUGGUGAUCAACGAUACACUAAAUGAUGUCGAAGACGUGGCUACUGAGAGCGUGGACUACGACGAGAUAUUCUUCUGAGGUCAUGGCCUGGAUCAUUGGGCGCUUAUACUCAUGACUAUAUGACUCUGAGGCCUGUUUUGUAAAUUUUAAACCUUGAAAUAGGUUGAAGUCAAGCAUAGAUGAAAUGUAAAUCCAGAAUUUCGUUCAAACAGGCACAUUAAAUAAACGCACAUCCCAAUGCA